AACUGGAAGAAAUUUGGGAAUUCAGAGUUUGAUGCCCCAGGCCCCAACGUGGCCACCACCACCGUGAGCGACGACGUCUUCAUGACCUUCAUCACCAGCAAGGAGGAUCUGAACUGCCAAGAGGAGGAAGAUCCCAUGAACAAGCUGAAGGGCCAGAAGAUUGUCGCCUGCAGGAUCUGCAAGGGCGACCACUGGACCACCCGUUGUCCCUACAAGGACACCCUGGGCCCCAUGCAGAAGGAACUGGCCGAGCAGCUGGGCUUGUCCACGGGGGAGAAGGAGAAGCUGCCUGGAG